GAAGUACACUAAACCGCAUCUUGUUAUGCUGCCUUUUGGUGCUGUAGGAUAUUCAAAUUUUUCAAGAAUGUCAAAGGAACAAAGCCGGAAGUGGACAAUAAGCCACCAGUAGAUUUUACUUUCAGAUCUAAUCUGUCGGAGCCUGGUGAGAGCCUGUGAAGGCAGCGUGAGUUCCUGUGCUGCGAAGUGACGGUGACAGACACGGAGCUGAAGUCUGGGUGGAUCCGACCAGAACCGGGACUCACAGCAGCCUCACACGAUGGUAGCGCCUGGAAACUUCCAUCUAAACUUUUUAAACAACCGCCCGAGCUGCGGUUUAAACUCCGUGCGGUGUUUACCCGUUUGCUGAAGUGUGGAAACACUUCGGUCUCACAGUUUCACCUGAGUGACAAAACAAAAGAAAGUAAGAAACUGUAUCCAGCAGACAAGUGGCUCCAGCACUGAGUCAACAUCAUCAGACUGAAAGCCUAUCAGUCUCCUCAAAGUCACACAACAAGGUCCUCUCUCGCACCUACAAUGCCGACCCUCGAGGCAGGCGGUGACCUGCACGCACUUUGCUCCGAGCUGCCUGCCAUGUUUGAUGGCAUGAAGAUGGCAGCGGUGGCAGCAGCCCUGUACAUCAUCGUCCGCUGUCUGAACCUGAAGAGUACCACAUCUCCACCAGAGAUCGUGUACCAGGACACAGCGCUCGGCCGCUUCCUGCUCAAGUCCUGCCCCAUGCUGACCAAAGAAUACAUUCCUCCCCUGCUGUGGGGAAAGAGUGGUCAUCUCCAGACGGCCCUGUAUGGCAAGAUGGGACGUGUCAACACACCAACGCCCUGCGGGGUCCGCAAGUUCCUCCCCAUGCAGGACGGAGCCACGGCGAGUUUCGACCUCUUCGAAGCCCUAGGGGAUCACAGCACAGGAGGUGAUGUUACCAUGGUAAUCUGCCCUGGGAUCGGUAACCAUAGCGAGAAGAACUACAUUCGGACCUUUGUUGAUCAUUCCCAGCGGCAGGGUUACCGCUGUGCCGUCCUCAACCACCUGGGAGCGCUGCCCAACAUGGAGCUCACGUCGCCUCGCAUGUUCACUUACGGUUGCACCUGGGAGUAUGCAGCAAUGGUGGCUUACAUCAGACGGGCCUUCCCCCAGACGCUCUUGGUGGUGGUGGGCUUCAGUCUUGGGGGGAACAUUGUCUGUAAAUUCCUCGGUGAGAACCUAUCAAACCAGGAGGGCGUGCUGUGCUGUGUCAGCGUGUGUCAGGGGUACAACGCCCUCAGUGCUCAGGAAACAUUCUUACAGUGGGACCAGGGCCGCAGGCUCUACAACUUUGUGUUGGCGGACAACAUGAAGAAGCUCAUCCUGUCACACAGGAGCAGUUUGCUGGAAAUGAGCUCCAGCUGCAUUGGUGAUGCAGAUCUGAUCAAACUGUGUGCAGCCACCUCUCUGAUGCAGAUAGAUGACAGCAUUAUGAGAAAAUUCCAUGGAUACAGCUCCUUAAAGGAGUACUACGACAAGGACAGCUGUGUGCACUACAUCAACAAAGUUACUGUGCCUCUCCUCCUGGUUAACUCCUCAGACGACCCACUGAUUCAUCAGUCACUACUGGCUAUUCCUCGCUCACUUGCAGAGAAGAUGCCCAAUGUGAUAUUCGCCUUAACCCAACACGGAGGCCACCUGGGUUUCUUCGAGGGAGCCGUGCUGUUUCCCCAGCCGCUCACCUGGAUGGACAAGGUCAUAGUGGAGUACACAAACGCCAUGUGCAGCUGGGAGAAGAACAAGCCAGCCUGCCAGAGGAGCAGCCAUCAGGACAUGAACCCCUGCCUGCAAGCACAAGGGUAACCCUUAGUGGGUAACACAUACUGUACAUACAGUAUGCUACUGGAGACAAAAGACCAUAACAAACACACACACAGCCCUUUGCUACUGCGCUACUUUGGUACUAAUGGCCUUAACCCAGCUAGAUUAACUAAAACAGGCUGAUGGAGGUGAGUAAAAACUAAGUGAAAAGUCAAACUUACAGAUAUAAUAGAACCUUCGAGGAUAAUAUGACCCCUACCAUCCCCUUUUGAUCUCACUUCAUCUGUAAUGCAGCAACAGUUCACCCCCUGCAGGUAGCUCAAAAGAAGUUUCCCCCCCCCCCCUCGGAGUAGAGAUUUUUAUCAUCAGCCAUAACAUUUAACCAUUCAAGGUAGCUGUACCACCACCAGCCACCAGGUUGUGAAGCAAAGCAGUAUCCAUGGAAAUGUUAACCAUAACAAUGAAAAUCACAUCAGCUACAAUCAGAUUGUUCAGCUUUACAUUACGUUUACUAGCCAUGAAACCAUGAUUUCCCUUUUGAACAUGUGUGAUGGGAGGGGUAAUUAUUUUAUUAUUAUGUACACAGUCUUGUACUUUUGCCUUUUUCCGUUAUCCAGUGUUUUUUUUCUGAAUCAAAUAUUUUGUGGUCAUGAUCAAUCUCGUAGCUGCUCGGCCUGCUUAUUCCAGGCUUAAAACUUUUUUAUAACGAUUUUCUGAAACAUCAAUGGAGAAAAUGAGUACCAGAACUGUUCUAGAGAACUGCUCUCAAAGUGGGUGGUCACUGUUAAGCUCUAUACUUGAAUAUCCAUCAGUCAGUUGACACACACACUUCACUCACUUAGAGAAAGUGUGAAGGCAACAGAUUGAAGUCUUGAAAUCUUAAGAAGAAGAAUUUCAAAAAUACCUGAAGCUUCAACAUAUUUGAGUUUCAGCUUCUUGAAUCUGAUGAGCACCACAACAACAUGGUUUAUGGUUUACAGUGGGGAUUUCCAACUGUUGUUAUGGCUCAGUAUAAUAUAAACUGGCCUCAAACUGGGAUUUUUAUUUCCUGAAGCUGCAUUUUAAAUCUUAGAUAUGACAAUCCUGUUGUUUUAUUGCAGCAAAUUACUGUUAAACAACAUGCGGUUUGGUUUGAUUAUGUAGUUUGAGGCUUCAUUUUGCUCACUGGACACUGCUGCCCAGUUUCUUUGCGUUACAAUGGUGUGUGACGGAUCAUCUAGCUGCAUUCUUGCUCCUGACCUUCAGAAUAAAAGACUCAGGUCACAUCAGCUUUAAAAGAUGUUACAAAAACCCAGUCAGAAAGAUAUUGUAUUGGUUUCUAUUUAAUAACAUUUUUAAUGAUUUGUGUAGUUGAAUGGAAAUAUGGACCCUACAUACAAACUACCUUUAACAUUGCACUCCAAACAGUGUAGGUGUCUGGGUCAGCUUGUGCCAUUCAGUUUUUGUCCCACAGGCCCAACUACAGCUGCUUGAACCCUUAUGCCUCCUGUUGUAGGGGGUUGGAAGAAAUUUUCUAAAUGAUGCCAUUUAUUUUGGGUUAUAACGACAAAAAUAAGCUUUGACACAUUUACAAACCAGAGCAGAUUGUCAGAAAAUAAACUGAAGCAAAUGGCUGCUGCAUCAAACCUUGUUUACGAAUAGUUCAACAGGAAGGAGAGAAGAGUGUGUGACUGGGACGAAAACAGCCAGUGUAUAAAAUUUAAAAUGUAGUGUUUGAUUCUCAGUUGACACACUUACACACAAACUAAUGGACCAAAGCACUUUUGACUUUAAAUACAAAGCAGCUCAUCUUUGUCAUUUUUAAUGAUGCUACUGCAUUACGGCCACAUAACCAGCACAUAUGACUUUGCCUCAAAUACAGUGGAGUUCUCCUAUAAGACAAUAUUUAAACAAAGGCUAACUACUAGUUUUAAUACGUUUCCAGUUUCCAGGUUUUGUAUUAAGCUGCUUAUUGCUGCAUGCAAGAAAGAUUGGAGUUUGCUGUGUAAAAUAAUGAUGUAUACAUAGUUAAUAUCGUGAGUGGAGGAGUGAAAAUGUUUAUUUCAUUUAAAACACGGGACAGACUUUAGCUGUGUCUCAUGGUUUGGUAGAUUUCCAUGUGUAAUGUGUUGAUACAAUAAGAGGUCAGUCAAACGGCUCAGUUGAGCACAUACCUCCACCAAGGCUCAAAAGACCCCUUAUAUUCAGUCAAGCUGCACCAAAUUUCACAAUCUCAUAGAGAUCAGUUCCUGUUCCCAUGAUUUAUUCCCUGAGAAAACCGUGAAAAUCUUAAAAAACGACAACACAGCACAUUAUAGUUCUGUACUUGAAAUUCCAGCGAGUUGAAUCUGAGCUUCGUUGAUAUAUACUGGAAUUUCUGCCAAAUUCCAUGCAAAUAUUUAGAAUAUUUGCUAAAAGACUUAAACAGCACUGCUUGAUUGAUGACUAGAAGACAAACUGCAUUGCUGGCAUCACUUUGUAUAAUUAGAACUCUGUAGAGUGACAGUCUGUAACACUCCCCUUAUGUAACCACAUUCAAAUUCACUAAAUCCAGAUUCUUAUUUGGAUCUGCAUAAAAUUACAAAACAUAGACCCUUUUUCGCAAUGUUAAAUUAAGUAAAACAAAUUGGAUCUGCUCCCUGUAUCUGGAUCCGGACUAAACUUUAAUAGGUUCUCUACUGACCCGUACCACAUCCAUACAUAAAGUUUAGAGGUAAACUGUUCAGUAGUUUUUGUGUAAUCAUGCGUACAAAAUCAAAAAAACAAACGGAGAGGGGUAAAACAUGCUCCUUGGUGGAGGAAAAGAGCAGAAUUUUCUGUGCUGGAAUUCCUUUUUUAUUUCUGUGGUUUAUUUUGGUCGUUUUCUUCAUGACUUUGAGAAGUGUCUAUGGUUUGUGUUUGAUGUUAAACUGAACUGAAUCCUAAAACCUGCGGCAGCAGCACUCCUCUGUCUAUAUGUACAGUACAGUAUGUCCUGCCUGUUACAGGUAUAGACUCUUUCGCCUGCACUUUACUUGCCUCUACAGUUCUUUUGUACAGUAUGACAAUGUGUAUCCUUAUAUGGGUGUAAUAUGAAUGUGUUUUGAUUGUUUUUUUAUUUGAGCACACCCAUUUAUUGAUAUUUUCCACAAACAUUUACGUUUGUUUAUUUUAACCUGAUCAGGGUAUCUCUUCUUUUUUUUUUAUGGAUUUUUAGAUUGAUACAAAUACAACUUAUAUUUAUAUACAGUUUAUUGUACAUUUAUUGACAUUCUUAUUGGUGCAAGGGGUAAAACUUGUAACUAAUAGUGAUAUUGAAGAACAUUCUAAAAGUUGCAAUAUCAGCUUUCAUUGAGAGACUGGGGGGAGUGGAGAGUGGAAACUGAGUAAUCUGGGGCCUGCCAGUGUCACAACAAGCUGUGUGGAUGAGCUAUAGUGUGAACAAAGCACAACUUCACAGAGGAGCAAGAAACAGCGUCUCAGUAUGCUGCUCAAUGCUACUGAUAACAGAUAUAGAAUAUACAGAAUACUGUAGAGUGGAGUAAUGACUGAAGGUUGAGAGUCAGAGGCGCCGCCUUUUCCUCCGUUCCUGUGCCUUGUCAGGACCUCUGGCAAACAACAUCACUCACACACUCAUGACUUUGAAUUUCAUUCAUUUUUUUCUCUCUCUACAACCACACAGCUAGAAUUUUAGUCUCCACAGUCUAUGGGAGUUUGCAAUAUCUUAAUGAUCGAUGGAGGAUGUUUAGUCAAACAGCUUGGCAGCUAUGGCCUUGCCGUCGUACUUGGCGCCUUUCCCGUCAAACUCAGACGGCAGGAUGUCAGCGUCAAACUCCUUGUAGUAGUUUUCCAGCUCAUCUCCAUGGACGAACACCUGAGGCAGGGACGACAAUCUGUUAGUCAUCUCAGACUGUGUAUUCAGUUUGUAAAAGUGUGAUAAUUUUUAUUUAAUUAGAUUUUUAAAACUAUAAAAACGUGAGGUGGGAAAAAUCCAUAAACAGACUGGUACAAUUUUGAAGUGGUAGUUUAGGUCUUAUGAUUAUUAGAGUCGGCAGCCUCCAGACUGCUGGGCUAAUCAAAGAAAAAUGUGACACUAAUAUUAGCAUGCGAAAAUCCAGCAUUAUCAAGCAAUGUCACAUGAAAGCUAUUUAAACCAAACCAGAAAACAUGACCCUCCAAUCUGGAGUAAAAAUCUACUUUAACUCAUGUUACCUUCCUUUUUUCUCACCUUACAAGUUUUUAAUUACAUGAUCGUUACAACACCAGGUAGACUCUGCAUUUAUAUCUUAUUGUGGAAGUGCUGCACUUAAAUUUCCCUCCAUCAUUAUUGCAUCCCAAAAGGGUCUGGGAAGAAACAGCCGUAGCUACAGUUAUAUUGCUGUUUAUUUUUAAUGCACUUGAUUUGAUGAUUAUAAUUAUUAUUUGAUGACCCUUAAACUCCUCACAUAACACUUCUCACUGCUAAACUGUCUCCUUGAUUUUCAUUCAAAUUUUUUGCAGCUUCAUUCUGAUGAUAUUCAGAUUUUAAUUAUCUGUCAGGAUAGUGAAAACAACCCAAUUAUGAGGUCGUGGUCCACGAUUUAAUUCCAUAACUCAGCAUUGCUGAAUCCUCAGUGUCAACUUUGAUCAUAACCUCACUCUAAUUAAACAUGACAAAUUAGUGGUUCAAUAUGGUUUUGAUCCUCUCACAAGGAUUUCAGGGAUUAGAACACAUAUUUUCUGCUACAAAAGUAUAAACUGUUUUUCAUGCUUUAUAAACCAGUCGAUUGCCCUGCAGUAAUUCACUACUCUCUGGUACCAAAGAAAAAUCCCUUCCCUGUCUCCAUCUCAUCUUAAACUUUUAACUCAGGCUAAGGAUUGUGAUAAUAUGUCAACUAUCAAAUUUGCUUCUCUUCACUGGCUACCUAUUGUUUUUAGAACUGAUUUUAAGGUUUUACUUGCUAAACCCAGAGAGGCAGAGCCCCAUGUUAUUCAUCAGAUUUGUUACUGAUUUAUGUUGAAGCGCUGCUUUUAAUUGUCAUUGUUUCCAUUGAUAUACAAAGGUGACAGAACCUUUGUCUGAGGAGAUCAGAGAUGACUUGUAUUUUUAAUCACUGUCAAAACAAAAAAGAAUAACAACUGGCUUGUUUAAAAUGCCUUUUUUUCCAAUUUCUUUGUCAUUUUAUUGUGAUGCACUUUGUAACUGUUUUAAAAUGUGCGAUGUUAAUAAAAUGGUUAUAUUGUUA